AUGCAUGCUGUUAGCCCUGUUGAGGUAAGUAGCGAUUGUUUCUUGAGCAGAAAGUCAAUGUCAUUCGAAACCAUCACGAUUGCCUUUCCAAACGAGUUGCAUUUGGCCACAAUCAUGUUUGCAAAUUCUGUAACCUUUCCUGUGGCAAACCUGACUCGUUGGACAGCGUCUCUAUAUUGGUGGACCUGGUCGUUGUACAGCACCAAGGCAAACUUGUAUGAGUUUUCAUCCUUGACGCCGUACAAUUGUGGGUCGAGUUCAGACAGCUCGGACCAGUGUAGAAUGUCCAAUCUUGUUUUUGGAGGCAGGAUACAUGGAUAG